UCAAGAUGAGUUUGAAAGCCUCCUCUCGACUCACGGAGCAGGAGGAGGCUCGUCUCAGCAGAACGACCGUGCAAACCCGGAGGUGAUCAUGUUGGUUUCCCGUUUUAAAUGCUGUGAAAACCUCUGAAACCAUCGGCGGUCACCAUGGUUACGAACCGCGGGAAAGGCAAAACGGAUGCAGUUCGGAGGAAAAAAGAGCCGCUUAAGAAGCGGUCCGGGUCAAAGACCGGCUCCAAGACCCGCGUCCGACCGGAGAAGCGACACAAGAGCGCCGUGUCCCGGACCAAGACUUCCGGUGGAUUUUCCGCCAAGAAAGGCAAACGUAAGGAUAAAGGUGCAAAACGAGCAAAGAGCAUCAUCAGGAAAUCUGCAAAGAUUCAGGAGACUUCAGGUGGGAAGAGGAGUCGGCCGAGGAAAAGCUCCAGGUCACCCAAGCUGAUCAGCAAAUAUCAGGCUUCCAACAACUUAUCAAAGUCGAUGCAGAAGAAGAUCAACGAGAAGAAGAGGAAGAGGCUCGUCAGCAGCAACAGAAAGACUAAACCCCAGCGGAGACGUCCACCGGGACCUGAGAGGACGCUCAGGGACAGCGAGGACGACAGCGAGGAUGAUGACGACAGCGGACUCGGGACGGCUGCGGAUGAAGACAGUACCGGCAGCAUGAACCAGAACUUUAAUACCAAACCAAACCCAGCCUCAUCGCGCCACACAGCAGCCAACAGCAGAACCUUCCACACCAGAACCUCUGCACCGAACAAGAGCCGUGAGAGAGCCUUCAGACCCACCACCAAGCCUGAUAAGGAUGAAUCUGACUCUGAAGAUGAAAACACCUCCAGAAGCUACCGCCCGCUCAGCGUGUGCACCGGGGAGCUCGUUAGCGCUCGCAGAAGCAAGAUGGCUGCAGGAGCAGCUCUAGCCGACACCGAUCCUCUGGCCAUCGACCAGUCGGUGGAUUUUGACAGCAUUGGAGGUCUGUCGGGUCACAUCUCUGCUCUGAAGGAGAUGAUCGUCUUCCCGCUCCUCUACCCAGAAUUCUUUGACAGUUUUAAGAUUCAGCCUCCCAGGGGUUGUCUGUUCUACGGCCCUCCUGGAACUGGGAAAACCCUGGUGGCUCGGGCGUUGGCCAACGAGUGUUGUCAUGGCAACAGGAAGGUGUCUUUCUUCAUGAGGAAGGGAGCCGACUGCCUCAGCAAGUGGGUGGGGGAGUCGGAGCGGCAGCUGCGGCUGAUGUUUGAACAGGCGUAUGACAAACGUCCUUCUAUCAUCUUCUUUGAUGAGAUUGAUGGUUUGGCUCCUGUUCGAUCCAGCAGACAAGAACAUAUCCACAGCUCCAUCGUCUCCACCCUUCUCUCCCUGAUGGACGGGCUGGACUGUCGGGGUGAGGUUGUGGUGAUUGGAGCGACUAACCGGCUGGACUCCAUCGACCCGGCGCUGCGGCGUCCAGGGCGCUUUGAUAGAGAGCUGCGAUUUGGCCUUCCAGACCGAGAGUCUCGUAAGGAGAUCCUGAAAAUCCACACCCGCCAGUGGAAACCGCCUCCAUCUGAGGAUUUUCUGGAGGAACUGGCUGAGAAAUGUGUCGGUUACUGCGGCGCCGACAUCAGGGCGGUCUGCACCGAGGCGGCGCUGUGCGCCCUGCGCCGGCGCUACCCACAAAUCUUUGGCACCUCCCAGAAACUCCUGCUGGACGUCUCCUCCAUCUCCGUCAGCAGAUGGGAUUUCGUGGCAGCUGUGAGGAAAAUGAAGCCGGCCUCUCAACGCGCCGCCGCCUGCCCGGCCAGACCGCUGUCCCCCAUCGUUCAGCCCCUGCUGGGCGCCGCCCUCCACAGCAUCCUCCAGGUUCUGCAGAGGCUGUUUCCACAUGCCGAGCGGGGGGUGAAGAGGAAAAGAGAACCAGAUCUGACUGCUGGUGUCCUUGACGACGGGCUGAUGAGUGGAGGAGAGGACCGCUUCAGCGUUGGUGGAGGAAAAAACAAAACCUUUUUACACUUUGUCAGGAGUGCGGUCAAACACCCGACGUCUCACCGUCCCCGGAUGCUCCUGGCAGGUCGUCCUGAGUCUGCUCAGACUUCCCACCUGGCCCCUGCCAUUCUGCACGCUCUGGAGCAUCUAGCCAUCCAUAGUCUGGACUCUGCUGUGCUGUUUGGAGUCAGCAGCACCUCCCCAGAGGAAGCCUGUGCUCAGGUGUUCUCCGAGGCCAAACGGACGUCUCCCAGCAUCCUCUACAUCCCUCACAUCCAGCAGUGGUGGGAGACGGCAGGACCGGCGCUCCGAACCUCCUUCCUCAGCUUGCUUGGCGGCAUCCCCCCGUUUUCUCCCAUCCUCCUCCUCGCUACCUGCAACACCCGCCAUAAGCAGCUGGACCCAGAGAUUCAGUUUUUGUUCCGGGAGGAGUAUGGUCAGGUGUACCCCAUGACCCCUCCCACCCGGCAGGAGAGAACUGACUUCUUCUACGACCUCCUUUUGAACCAAUCCGUUGAGCCUCCUCCCUUGAAGACGGAAACACUGAUUCAGGCCACGGAGAUGCUCCCGCUCCCUCCUCCUCCUCCACUUUCACCUCAGCCGAAGCUCCUCCCUCCUAGGAAGCUCCGCCUCCUCCUCCGUAGCAUCACACAGCGCCUGAUCCUAGACCAGCGAUUUAAGGUCUUCACCAGACCUGUCGACACAGAGGAGGUCCCAGACUACCUCACUGUCAUCGAGAAGCCCAUGGAUCUCUCCACGCUGCUGAGCAACAUCGACGAACACAAAUACGCCACCGUCAGCGAGUUCGUGUCAGACGCCGACCUGAUUUGGCAGAACGCUCUUGAAUACAACCCGGACAGCUAUCCCGCAGAUCGUCAAAUCCGUCUCCGUGCACGCGCCCUGAGGGACGCCAUGAGGGCGAUGGUCGGAGAUGAGCAGGAGGACGAAUUAGAAAGAGUCUGUGAGGAAAUCCGAGGGUCUCGUGUGAAAAGCGUGUUGUCGUACGGGACUGAGACCAAUGGCGUCUCCAGCUCGGCGUCAUCCAGAAGCAGCACCGAACCACGAGAGCAGAUGAGAGGAAGGGGCAGCUUCUGUGACGGUAAUUCACCCAAGAAGAAACGUUACAAACAAGCCCGAAAAUCCAAGUGGAGCGCCGGAGUCAUCAAGAAACCCAGGAAAACAAAGCCACCCAUCACAGCCUCCGAUUCCUUCUCCGUGUCCAGGAAAUCCAGCUGUGACUCCAGUGCAGAGGAAACCCGAGCAGCUGGAACCCGAGCGCUGAACAGUUCUGCUGAUCUGAGCUCGUCCAGCAUCUCAGACAGCAGUGAUGGAGAGCAGAGCCACCGGAAAGCUAAACGUCACCUGAACGUUGUCACAAGAACACAAAAAGUUCUCAUGAAUGGACACAGUGAUCCCAAACAGAGCCUCGGGCAUCGGGCCCAGUCCUCCAGGACCACCCCAGCCCCGCAGAGGAUGUUAAACCAGACUUAUAGAAACAAACUAGAAAGACACAGAAAGCACGAGACCAGGGUGGGCAAGGCCGCCGUGCAGAAACAGCUGCUCAACGGGCAGAGGGAAGACGACACGCCCCCAGUGGUCGUCGAUCACAACAAACUAAAUGACCUGCUGAACCGAGCUGUGGCGAAAACCGAAGGUGCGGAGGUGGAGUCGCUGGAGAAGCUUUACGCUCUGCUGGCUCAGUGCAUCUACAGGCACAGAGACCACCACAACAAGACGGAGCUCAUUAAGGAAAUGAGGAGAGAAAUUGACAGCUUCUCAUGAGCACUUUCAAGAAAUCCUGAGUUUGUUUGAGUGUUUAAGGAUUGCUUGAGUUUUUAUGUUAUGCAGCAGAUCACGUACCUCAGUAAAUAUUGUUUUCUCAGUUAUAUUAAUGUUUAUUUAUGUGAAAAUUGGCAAAAAAUACAUUGUGCAGUGUUGUUUUAUUAAUUUUGUCAUCUGUGGUUUAAGAAAAUAAAGUGUGUUUUAUGUAAAACUGAACAAAAGCUACACUUUAAUAUCUAAAUAUUUCUACUUAUUUUCAAAGUUUUAAUACAGAAAAAAAAUAAAGCUUUAUUUUGUUUAAAAGUUGCCAUGUCCUCUGUUUCCUGUCAAUUAAAUAUUUUAGACGAUGCGGAUGCCUUAAUAAUGGUAUAUAAUUCUUACUGUUC